AUGGCCAUCAAACCAUCCGUCGCCGUCCUCCCAUCCCUCGUCUCUCCCCUCUGCAGCUCACAUUAUCUCACCCACUGCACCCGAUCAUCCUCUUCCCCUCUAUGUAAACGCUUUAAAAGACAAUAUGCCACCGUGCAAGACGCCGGCGAGAAAAAAUGGUCCGACUGGAGGCCCUCUCCCGAGGAUACCAUCCAUGAAUGGCCAAAGUCGCCACGGCCCACGCCAUACGAAGUGCUCGGCGUUUCCAAGGGCGGCGUUUACGACAAGCGACGCUUCUAUCAUCUCGUCAAGCUGUAUCAUCCAGACACGCAUGACCACAACCACCAUCAUGCAUCCGUAUCAUCCUCAUCAUUACAUAUCAGAAAUCUUCCUCACGCUACCCGCCUCGAGCGGUAUCGCAUGAUCGUCGCCGCCAACGAACUUCUCAGCAACUCUUCUAAGCGUCGCAUGUACGAUAGCUACGGCUUAGGAUGGUCGCAUGGCGACCGCGCCGCGUCUCUGCGCGACAUCGACAAGAACUGGCGCCACCAGGAAGGUACCGCCGCGAACAACGCCACAUGGGAAGAUUGGGAACGAUGGCGGGAUGCCCAGGAAGGGAAAUCGAGUGAGCCUGUGUACAUGUCGCAUGGUGCAUUCGCAUCCAUCUUGGUGCUCAUGUGUCUUGUUGGGGCUAUGGCGCAGACCAAUCGUGCCGAGUCGAGCGGCGCGCAGUACGUCGGGUGGGCGGCCGAUCACAGCGCUGAAAUCGGAGGUCGGCUGCGAAGGAAUGGAACGGCGGUGGCCGGGCUAAGCAAGGAUGAGAGAGUCGACUAUUUCUUGAAAGAACGCGAAAACGUCAAUUUCCAGUUCGUGCCGAGCAAAUACGAGACAACCGACCGCCCUAGGCCAUCCUAG